GGGUUUUUGCCUAUAAAUUCUCCCUGCUAACCCCUCUCAUCCACUCCUCUUUGCCGUCAUCUUCCUCAUUCCGACCAUCUCCGAUCUCCACCUACAAAAUCUAUAGAGAUGGCUGUUACUUUCUCCGAUCUGCACACCGAAGCUGGCCUUAAAUCACUUGAAGCUUUUCUCUCCGGAAAAACUUACAUCUCUGGGGAUCAAAUCACUAAGGAUGAUGUGAAGGUUUACGCCGCUGUUUUGGAUCAACCUAGUGCUGAUCUCUACCCCACUGCUAGUAAGUGGUACGGGUGUGUUGCUUCGAAGCUUGCAUCAAGUUUCCCUGGUCAAGCUGUUGGAGUGAGUAUCGCAGUCCAAGCUACAUCAGCGGAAGCUGCUCCUGUCAAGGAAGCUGCCAAGGAACCUGCAGCUGCAGCCGCAGCUGAUGAUGACGACGACGACCUUGAUCUCUUUGGCGACGAGACAGAAGAGGAAAAGAAGGCAGCUGAAGCAAGAGAUCAAGCAAAAGCGUCAACAAAGAAGAAAGAGAGUGGGAAAUCGUCGGUUCUUAUGGAUGUAAAGCCAUGGGAUGAUGAAACUGACAUGAAGAAGCUAGAGGAAGCUGUUCGCAGUGUCGAGAUUCCAGGACUUCUGUGGGGAGCAUCAAAGCUUGUUCCAGUUGGUUACGGGAUCAAGAAGAUGACGAUCAUGUUGACCAUCGUUGAUGACCUUGUUUCGGUUGAUGACCUGAUCGAGGAGCGUCUUACCGUUGAGCCGAUCAACGAAUAUGUGCAGAGCUGUGACAUUGUGGCCUUCAACAAGAUUUAAAUGCUUGGAUUUCAUCAAGUUUUGGUUAUAUUUAGCAAUCAUCUUUCUUUGAGAUAUGUUUGAUUUCACUGUUGUAUUUCAAACUCUCAAUACUUCAUUGUUCAUUCUAAGGGUUUUAUUGGGAUUUUGUUCCAAUUUUGCUUGCUCUAAAUGCAUUUUGUGAAAGGAGAUGGAGAUCC